AUGUAUAUUCGUGGCUGGGCUGUCAUGACAUGCAAUGUUCCGGCCAGAGAGAUAUUUUGCGCCAGCAGGUCGAGCAACUUCUACCUUUUGAUUUUGCUGCUUUGGUUACUACUUUGUACAUUACCUGUUGGCUUUGUCAUCGCUUCCACACGACCAUCUAGAAGAUGUGGUCCCUUCGCUCAACACGACCAUUUCUACACUGUGAUCACAAAGGAGAUAGAGAAACGUGUGGAUCCGUUCCUUCUCGGAUACAUUCGCCAUAUCGCCUCACCAGGGGUGGUCAUACCUAUACUGCUCUUCCUAAUGCUGAUUAUAUACUUUCUGGUGUCUCUGGUAAGAGGACUGCGUGAGGCGAAUACGGAUCUCCAACAACAACUGAUUCAUGAACGCACAGAGGAGAAAAAGAAAAUCUUCGAGUUAGCUGGUGGUAAGAAGAAAGUCGAUCAGGAUAGGGAUCGGGAUCACAGAAAAGCUAUACAAUACUUACCACUUAUUGAACAACAACGUCGAGAGCCAUGGAGGACUUAUAAUGAGCCUCAUGAUGAGCCGCUCCGAGCUGAAGACUCAUCGGAAAGUGAGGAAGAAGAUGUGGACGAGUCACCGUCGCCAGUUCCAUUACAACGCUAUGCGCCGGUACCGUCCAGUACAUCAGAGACCGUAGCCGCAAUGCACUUUCACCCGUCACUUGGAUCUCUGGACGAACGAGAAGAAGCAGAAGAGGAGGACUGCAGUCAGGUCAACGAACCACCACAGCCUAUUGUGCAUUCCACAUCGCAGCAGUUCUCGAGCAAUGCUCGGAAUGGAUCUCCAUCGGAGAGUUUCGAAGUGCCUGGCAGCGUGGUCGAUAUCACCACACCUGAUGAUGUCCGUGCUCUACUUCUACCGUUUAUCGAGAUGAGAGCUCUGCCUCAUGCACGAGGUUAUCGUAGUUUUCCACGAGAUAUUAUGCCGAGCACAGCAAUGGGUGCACGUAGCGGGAGUAUCACCAGUUCGCGUGGUACACUGCUUGAAAGUGGUGUCCAGAGUCCGCCAGCUUCAUCGUCGGUGGUACUGAGCUCACGUCGAUCAAGCAAGAGACACUCCUACAUAUCACUCUACGACUUCAUCGGCUCUGUACGAGAUGACAAUGCCACCUACGGAGCUCCCACCCUAAUAACAGCCCAAAGGCCACGAAACAGUCAAGAAAUGCGCGCUGAAGUGCACCGGUUACCACCCACGAAGGAAUCCGAAGAAGAGGCAGAACGCCGAGCUAAGUCUGGCGUUAAUAACACACCCACCAACCAGUCAUCAUUAAAGAGCGGAAACAGUUUUAAUACCGACGGCACUCACUCAGCAUUCCAACCAUGGCCUUCCAUAGAAGAAGUUCAAUCGAAAAAGGAGCAGCUACUGAAGAAGACACCGCUGCCUUUCUACAAGACUCAUGUGCAAAACUCUGGCCAAAGCUCUGGCACAAGUACUCCACACUCACAUCACCAACCUGGUCCAAGCACCAAACACACAAGCGGUAGCAGCCCUAAAAAGCCAACUACACUUCCGUACAGGAAAUUUGAACCUGAGGCAUCUCCCGUCGUGUCAUCAACCGACGACGAAAGACGAUCCGCAUCGCCCUCGAGACGAUUCCGAAUCUCGGUCUCGCCAACAAGAAGAAUAGGAACGGAUUCAAGUCCCGGCAGGAAAGCACGUCGCUUUACGAUCAAGCAAGAGUCAGCUGCCCCAUCGUUGGCAUCAGUGAGCCAGCUGGCGCCGCCAACUCCGACGACGCCCAAACCUGACUCCAAUACGUCGUCGUCACGUGCUCCAACCGUCGAAUUCGGUGAGGACGACAGCCCUCGUGUACUCGAGUGA